AUGGCUAGAAUCAGUAAUGGACGGCCACGAGCUGCCGACGUCGUCUGUGACGAUGUCCACCACGCCGAGGAUCAAUGUAGCUUUGUGCGGGAAUACUGUGCUGGCGAUGAGCCAGGGUUGCUGUCGUAUCUUGGCUUCUAUUACUGCGUCCUUCCCCGGGUGAAACCGUUCGCCUUCACGUUGUUGGCGCUUUGGCUGGGCUUGCUAUUCUCGACGAUUGGGAUCGCUGCCAGCGACUUCUUCAGCGUCAACCUGAGCACUAUCGCCAGUGUUCUUGGGAUGCCUGAGAGCUUGGCCGGAGUGACUUUUCUCGCUCUGGGAAAUGGGUCUCCAGAUGUGUUCAGCACCUUUGCAGCCAUGGGAUCCAACAGCGGGGGCAUGGCCAUCGGCGAGCUGAUUGGGGCAGCUGGUUUUAUCACCGCCGUUGUGGCUGGCUCCAUGGCUCUCGUCCGCGAGUUCAAGGUCAGCAGAAAGACCUUCGUGAGAGAUAUUGUCUUCUUCAUCGUGGCCGUGAGCUUUACUAUGCUUUUCCUUGUGGAUGGGAAGAUUCAUUUGUGGGAAUGCGGUUUGAUGAUUGGAUUUUACGUCUUUUACGUCUGCUUCGUCGUCUUGUGGCAUUGGUUCGAGGCGAGGAGGCGAAAGAGGCGCAACAAACAAGCAACAUCCCGGAGCCAUUUCUCCGAGGCUUCGACCCACGUGGGCGAUGACAUCGAGCCGUACCGCGAUAAUGUGGAUGAAGAAGACGAAGACGGGGCGGUGGGUCGAAGCGGGCGAUCCGAAUACAUACCUGAUAUCAGCGCUCUGGAAUCCGGUCCUAUGAUUCACAUUGAUGGAUCGCUCCCUGACGAUGACGACGAGGACAAGAAGUGGCAGGUUGCUUCCGAGAUGACGAGUAGCAUGCGUGUCAACCGUCCUCGCGGGAGGAGAACCCACAGCACUGUGGCCCCGAUCCGGCCGAGUUUGGUUGGAGCUCUCGAGUUCAGAUCGGUCAUAUCUUCGUUGGCGAGAUCCCGGAACAUGCGUAUGGCUCCGUUGCAACGAGGCUUUUCCGAGCACAAUAUUGGGACGGUCCUAGCCCGGUCGAGCACAGAUCUGGACCAGAGAACGAUCUCCAUCACGUCCACUACAAAGGACGGCCACCUCGCCCCUCCAGAUACCCAUCCACGGUCCAUUCUGUCCACUGAGCUUGUUGCAGAACCAACAGAAAGCCCUACGCCCGCUCUCUCGCUCCAGAUACCAAGCCCUUUGAUACAAUCAAGCCAAGGCUCCUCGCCCUCCCUAUCUCCUUUUCCUGGCUUGCAAGAAUCUCCGAUUGGAGGCGGACAGCUUUCACCCAGGCAGUCACAAGUACUGUUGCCAUCGCCGAGGGCUCAGGAGUACGAGUACAUCCCAGGACUGGAUCCACCCGAUGCUCCUAAGCCUAUUAGUUGGUGGCCGUACAAGGCUUUACCCCCGCCGCAUGUCCUGUGGCGAACUCUUCUGCCAACCUUACAAGGCUGGAAAGAGAAGAAUAUCUGGGAUAAAGUCUUCAGCAUCUUCUCACUGCCCAGCGUCUUUUUACUCGUUGUAACUCUACCUGUUGUCGAGACCGACGCUCCUGACGAUGACGAGUCUGAGAGCGGAGAUGGCUAUCCACCAAAUCGUGCAGGGAGCCCACUCGGCAUUCAUGCUGCUGCGAUUGCUAGUGAGAGCCAGGCCGGGUUGAUAUCCGAGACCGAAUGGCAAGAAUACCGGAGACGUGCGCACUCUAGGUCGUCGAGUGUGGAGGAGGAGCCUAGCUCAUGGAAAAGGUGGCUUGUAGUGGUCCAGAUCUUCACUGGCCCUCUGUUCACGGCUUUCAUCGUAUGGGCCAAGUAUAUGGAUCAACCGGUAAAGGUCUUGGUCAGGAUGAUCCUAUGCUGCCUUGUUGGCUCUCUUGUCCUGCUCGCCAUCCUCCUCCUCACCACGUCUGUCGACAAGAAGCCCAAAUAUCACUUCCUUUUUUGCUUUCUUGGGUUCAUCAUCAGUGUUGCCUGGAUCUCAACAAUCGCAGAAGAAGUCGUCGGGGUCCUGAAGGCUGUCGGUGUCAUCCUUGGCAUGUCUGAGGCAAUCCUCGGUCUGACGGUGUUCGCCGUGGGAAAUUCAGUUGGUGACCUGGUGGCUGAUAUCACGGUGGCGCGACUCGGCUAUCCAGUCAUGGCCUUGUCUGCCUGCUUUGGGGGACCGAUGCUGAACAUCCUUCUCGGAAUUGGUCUAGGUGGAACCUACAUGACCAUGAAGAAGGCCAACCGCAAGCACGAGCAGAAUCCGGACGUGCCCAUCCACUAUGGACACUACCACAUCGACAUCACGGGCACGCUGUUUAUCUCUGCCAUAACGGUGCUAAUCACGCUCCUGACACUGCUCAUCAUCGUGCCUAGCAACAAUUGGAUGAUGACUAGGAAGAUUGGCCUGACGUUGAUUGCGUUGUGGGUGGCUGGCACCAUCGCCAACGUGAUUGUCGAGGUCACAGGUGCUUGGGAAGCCGUCGCAUGA